AUGUCGGCCUCUUCAAAGCUUUUCCAAUUCGGCAAGCAACAUAUUGCCAGAGGUAUCGGUCGCAGCACCGAGUUGGUUAUUGAGCGUGCUCAAGGUGCUUAUGUUUGGACUGUGGAUGGCAAAAAGUAUCUUGAUCUCACCACUGGUAUUGGUGUCACCUCCACUGGUCACUCUCACCCCAAGGUUGUUAAGGCUGUACAGGAACAAGCUGCCAACUUGUCCCAUGGUCAAGUCAACAUCUUCAUGCACAAGCCUAUGCUCGAUUUGAUCGAGAAGCUUCAACCCAAGAUGCCCUCUCCCGAAUUGGACACCUUUUUCUUCUGGAACUCUGGUGCCGAAGCUGUUGAGGCUGCUCUUAAGCUUGCUCGUCAGGCCACCAAGCGUCAAAACGUCAUUGUCUUCCAAGGCUCUUACCACGGCCGUACCUUUGGUACCAUGGCUCUUACCACCAGCAAGACUACCUACAGUGCUGGCUUUGGUCCUUUGAUCCCUAGUGUCCACGUUGCUCCUUUCCCCUAUUACCAACAAUGGGCUGCUCACCGUGCCGAUCCCCAAAAGUUUGAUGCUGAAUGGUGCUCUCAAGAAUCCUUGAACCAACUUGAAAUCCUUCUCAAGCAACGCUCCGCUCCUGAGGAUACCGCUGCCAUGUUGAUUGAGACCGUUCAAGGUGAAGGUGGCUAUGUUGCCCCUCCUAAGAGCUUCCUCCAGGGUCUUCGCAAGAUCUGUGACAAGUAUGGCAUCCUUUUGAUUUGUGAUGAAGUCCAAUCUGGUUUCGGCCGUACCGGCAAGAUGUUUGCUGUUGAGCACUACGAUGUUGUUCCCGAUAUCAUGGUGAUGGCCAAGGGUAUUGCUUCUGGUUACCCAUUGUCGGCUAUCGUUUCUCGUAAGGAGCUUAUGGACCGUCAACCCCCUGGAUCCAUGGGUGGUACUUAUGCUGGUAACGCUGUUGCUUGUGCUGCCGCUAAGGCCACUCUUGAGGUCUUUGAAGAAGAGAAGAUCUUGGAUAACUGCAAUGCCCGUGCUGAACAAUUCAACGCUGCUUUCCGCUCCAAGCUUCCCUCCAUUCUCCCCAAGGGCGUCACCGCCGAUAUCCGUGGUUUGGGUUUGAUGCUUGGUAUUGAAUUCCUCAAUGCUCCCGCUGGCUAUGCCAACAAGGUCGCCAACGAAGCCUUCAAGCUUGACACCCUUGUCUUGACCACCUCCAUCUAUGAGACUCUUCGUCUCAUUCCUCCUCUCAACAUCACCAAGGAAGAGACCGACCUCGCUAUUGAGAAGGUUCUUGCCAGUAUUGAAGCUGCCACCAAGUCCUUGUAA